AAAAAAAAACAGGAAGGUGUUUAUUCAGGAUGAAAAUCGCGUUUGUGCUUCCUCUCACUUUGCUGGCGUCUGUGGUUUUGGUGGGAUACAUCAAGAUACGCAAAAAGGAGCACGAGAAGGAGGAGAAGCGCAACCGGUUCCAGGAUAUCAAACUGCGGGUGACCAGCGAUGUUCUCCAGGAGUACGAGAACGAGAAGGUGGAGACUAGGAAUGAGCUGGACAAGCUGCAGAAAGAGCUGAAGGCGCUGGAGGAAGAAGUGAAUGUUCUCAAGACCAAAACAGAGAAGUCGACGGGGGAUUUAAACGGUUGCGAUGGCUCCAAGAAAUCUGGUGCAGAUCAAGUGGCAGCGCAGGAGACAAACCUGAACAACCUGAAGGCUGAAAAGGAGAAGGAGAAGACUGAGUGGAAUGCAGAAAUAGAUCGACUGAAAAAGCAGCUGUCCGAAAAAAGCCAAGUCUGUAACUUCUUGAAAGAACAACCAGACCCCAUAAAGACUAUGUGCGGCAUUAAAGACGAGCCAAAGGCAGAGGCUCCAAAACCAGAAGAGAAAAAGGAAGAGCCCCCCAAACAACAGGAGCAAAAAGCAGAGGCUCCAAAACCAGAAGAGAAAAAGGAAGAGCCCCCCAAACAAGAGGAGCAAAAAGCAGAGGCUCCCAAACAAUAACUAAAAAAGGAGAAACUCUUUCAAAAGAGCAAAUAACAUAUCCCACUGUAGAACAAGAAGACAUAAGGACAGAUGCACUGAAAUAUACAUAUUCACUACCAGCAUUUUUUGCACUAAAUCUCAGGGUCAUGUAGUUGUGUAGAUAUGUCAUCAGGUACACCAGUGUCCUUGUUUCAUUUUGGGUGGGAUAAAAUGUUUCCGUUGACAUUAAGCAUAUCCAAGUAAACAGAAUAAAUGUGGGUGUCGGUCUCUCCACAUUAUUGUAAACUGACCUUUUAAAGUUGUAGCUUUAAAAUUAUUACUGCAGCAGCCCAGCAAGUGGUCAGUGAAUUCAACCAACUAAAGCAACAUAAUUGCAACUGAAUCCAUCAAUGGUGUAACGUAGAUACAGACACCAAGUCCAAAGAAAAUCCUGUAUAUCUAGGAAAAUGCUUUGUUCCUGCAGGUCUGAGAUAAAGACCAAUUCUCCAUUCACUAACAUCCCAACUGCCAAAUGUCCCAGUUUCUUCAAAAGUGUCAUCGUAAUUUUAAUUGCCAUGUAUGUCAAAACAAUAAAUGUUACAUGUAGUGGAGGUAGGUCCUAGUACUGCUUAGAAUUACUCUAGAUCCUUUAUCAUUAAUUAAAUAAAAAAAAUAAAAACGUGGUGUAGGGUUUUUGUUUUGGCACAUAUUUCAUUUUGUGAAUCUAGUUUUUUGUAUGUGUUUUUUUUUUUCUUAACAUGAAACACUUUCCUUAGGAAUUUUGCUGUAAGCAUGAGACAAACUGAUGUUGCACAGCUGAAAAUGCAUAAAUUAUUUUAACCGUAAGUUUAGUUUUGUAUU